GCCAUAAUUUGAUUACCGAAUCUGACGUUGAAGUAUUUUUGAAAUUAAAACUAUAAAAUUUGGAAUCUGAUUGGAUCUCCAUGGUGGUUGCGUAUUCUAUACGUAGUAUUCCUUUAGCCGGCGAUUUUCUUCCGUCCCUUCUGUUUUUAUUUUUCAAAAUCGCUGAUGAUGGCGGAAGAUUUUAACGACGAGGCGGUUUUCGAAACCCGGCAGAAUCCACACUCCAGGUUGAUACAACGCACCGAACGAUCUCAUCGUUUCCUCUCGAACCAGCGGCUUCAGAAGCAAUCUGCUUGUGAGUUCAUAUUUCUUUUAUAGUAAAGGAGGUAAGGAUUUGAACAAUAGACAAAGAGACGGUGAUACAUGCAAUGGAAGAACUUCAAAGUUCACAAACGGCUGGCGAUUUUCUUUCUUCCAUCGACAAUUUCAGAUUUAAGCUUUGGGUCAUUUUCGAAAUUGUUUGAUGUUACUGGGGUAAUUUUGAAAAUUUAGGAAAAUUUAAGAGGUGGAACAUGUGUCAUGCGUGUGAGAACCACUUUGGUUUUGUUUUUACACCUUUCGGUUGUUUUUGAAAAAUUUGACAAGGAUUAGAACUCUGUACUUUUUCCAAAUAGUAGAAUGGUUCCUACUUCCUAAAAAUCGAUGGAGACUAGAAGGGUUUUACCAUUUUUUGAAAUUGAAUUAUAAAUUAUGUUGUAUAGUGUUAUGCAAGUAAUGAUUAAAAUUAAGUUUUUUUUAUUAGAUGAAAAAGGUAACUUAAUUUUAACAAUUCUGAUUCAAGCGAUUGUUAUAUUAUUAAUAUUUUAGCAUGCUCAUAAUAAUUGUUAAUUGUAUCUGUUUAUAAAUUAGAUUUAUAUUGCAUGCUUUAAUUAUAUCUGUCUAAGUUAGAUCUUGUAAACAUAUUAUUUGAUAGUAUGUUGUAGCAUCUUGAUUAAAUAAGUUAAUUUAAUAUCCCGUUAAACGUUCCCCAUAAAUUAAAAUUUAAGUCUUAUCUGGGAUAACGACAUCACCCAUCAUAAUUAAAUUAGUAGAAAUAUUUUUUCAUUGAAGAAUAUUUCACCCAAGUGUUUAUUCCAUUCGACAAAAUAUAGAACUAAUUUAUAGGUACAAUUGUUUGUGAUCGUGUGAUGGUUUUGACUUACUUAAAUUAGCUCGAGUCGCCCAAGCGUCAGUAUUAAUUUAAGGAUGUCGAUCAAUUAAAAAUUGAUCAACCAAAAGUUGCUUGGACGCAAUUGGUCUGGGACCUACCCAUUAUAUUAUUGCAGUGAUCAGCCCAAGCUGGGAUUGUAAUAGUAUGAAUGAGGAUUUUGGCCACUAUGAUUGUAAAACAUUCCAUGUUCUUUUUAUUGGGGUCAAAGAGCAUGCAAAAUAGUGGGAGCUAAGUAAUUAAAAGUCCAUAUUAUUUAGUUAACUAGAUGUGAUCAUAGGAAUUAAUAUAUGAUUUUAAUUCCGUUCUAUUUGAACUUCUUUAGGCUUUUAGGAAUGUCGAAUUUAUCAUUGAGAAGUAUCUUGGAUACAUGCAAGCUUACUGGACCAAACUUUCUGGACUGGGAAAGAAAUGUGCGUUUAGUUCUUAGACAAGAAAAUAUUGAGUAUGUGUUAGACACGCCGGUACCCAAGAUUCCUGAUGCUAACUCUCCCGAGUUUGCCACGUUUGACCUGACUGCUCGAGAGAAACACGUUACUGAUGCUAAAACUGUGCAAUGUGUUAUGUUGGCUGCAAUGUCUAUGGAGUUGCAAAGGCAACACGAUAGGAUGAGCGCCUUCGAGAUGCUUGAACACUUGAAAAGUCUGUUUGAUUCAGAGAGUCAGACUCUAGAGUAUGAACUUCUGACAGACAUUUUCAAGUGUAGGCUUCAAGAGGGUGGCAACGUGUCUGAGCACGUCCUCAAAAUGAUUGGCUUAAUUGAAAGAGUUGCUACCACCGGAAUUAAGUUUGAGGAUCGUGUCUCAGCUGCUAUCAUCCUAUAUUCGCUUCCGAGUUCAUUUACUAACUUCAUUGUGAAUUAUAAUUUGAACAAAACGAAAGCGACCAUGCCUGAACUCCAUAACAUGCUCAAGUCUUAUGAAGCCUCAACCUCUAAAGGAAAGACUGUUCUUAUGGUAAGCUCUAUUGCUAAGUCUCGUUCUAAGAACAAGAAUAAGCAAAAGAAGAAAGGUAAGGUUGGACCUACUUCUACAGCUCUGAAGCCUAAAGGUGGAGGUCAUAUGAAGCCAAAGGUUGCAAAGGAUGUUUGUCUCUACUGCAAAGAAAAGGGACAUUGGAAGAGAGAUUGUGAGCUGUAUAAGGCUAAUCUAGCCAAAUCACUAGGUGCUUCAAGCUCAGAAGCCUGAGAAGCAGUGUAGCAGUUGGACUGGGUAAAAUUGACCUACGCGUGAAGGCUGGAGCAAAAGUUGCUGCUGAACGUGAUAGGAUCUUAUAGUUUAGAUUUGCCCGGUGGUUUUAGAUUAGAAUUAAAUAAUUGUUAUUUUAUUCCUUCUAUUACCAAGAAGAUUAUUUCCAUUCAUAUGUUAGACAUUAAAAGAUUUCUAUUUCCAUUUUACUAAUAAUAAUUGUUAUUUUCAUAAAA